CAUGUCCGAUCCGCCAACCACCAUAUCCCUCCCGCCCUCCCUGCCAUACCCCAUCACCAUCACCCGCCUCAUCGCCAACCCCGGCGACCCUUUACGCCGGGGAUCUCGGCUACUCGAGUAUUCCUUCAUGUCGUCUGACCAGCGAGAACGGAUAUCAAAGAGACGAGCGCAAGGACGAGCGGCGGAUAAGGGGAAGGGAGAGAUUGGAGGGGAUGAUAUGGUGGGGUCGUGGGAUAGUUUGAUUGAGGGAGAUGCUGUGGCGUGGAAAGGCGCGAAAGUCGGGCUGGUGGUUGAGAAGAGGGACGCGAGCAAUAUAGUACUCAGUAUCCAGCAAGCAUGCUCCCAUCCUGUUCAGCUUCAUGGAAUGUGCGGUGUCUGUGGUGCCGAUCUGACGGCAGACGACUAUCUAUCUCGCCCCGCCCAGAAUACAUCCCAAGCAGGCCCCUCCCGCCACCCUGGUGGAUUCGAGAUAGCACACGACUCUAUGGGAGUCACAGUCUCGAAAAAUGAGGCUCAACGGCUCGAGAACCUUACUAGAAACACCCUCCUCGACACCCGCCGACUCUCUCUCAUUGUCGAUCUUGACCAGACAAUUAUCCACACGACUGUAGACCCCACCGUUGCCGAAUGGAUGGAGCAGAUAGAAAGGCAGAAGGAAAGGGAUGCAAAGACGGAAGCGGGGGUGGAGAGCACUACGCCUCCGGGCUCGCCGACUGCGGGGGGAUUAGGGGUAACGGUGAAGCCGGAGGAGAGGAAUCCGAAUACGGAGGCAUUGGACGAUGUUGCGAAGUUUCAGAUCGCGGAUGACUUGCCGGCAGAGUACGCCAAGCUCAAGAGCAAGGCCGGACCGGGGAGUAAACCUGUUGAGAGAGAGGGGAGGUGGUACUUUACCAAGCCUAGGCCGGGUCUGCAAAAGUUCCUCGAUGAGAUGUCGGAGUUGUACGAAAUGCACGUCUACACCAUGGGGACGAGGACAUACGCCGAUGCGAUUUGUCGGGUGAUAGAUCCCGAUGGCAAGAUCUUUGGCGGUAGAAUAUUGAGUCGAGAUGAGAGCGGAAGCUUCAGCUCGAAAAAUCUCAAGCGUUUGUUUCCCACCGAUACUAGUAUGGUUGUAGUCAUUGACGAUAGGUCUGACGUAUGGGGAGAUUGCCCCAAUCUGGUCAAAGUCGUUCCUUACGAUUUCUUCCUCGGUAUCGGCGAUAUCAACUCGUCAUUCCUACCCGCCAACAAAUCUACUCCCCCGCCAUCGUCUGCCGCCAAAUCCUCUCCCUCUCCUUCCGCUGCCUCGCCAUCCCCCCCUUCUCCUUCUCUUACAGUGGGCGAAAGUGCCGCUUCGACUCCUUCACCUACGACACCCUCGUCCGUCACGGCGGAGGUCGAGCCGACGAGAGAAGAAGAGUUGGUGAUGAAGGCAAAGUUGAUGGAUCAAGUCAGUAGCGAGCGACCUUUGGCCAAGCUGCAGGAGGAGCUGGAGCAUGCGGGGGAAGGCGUGGGGGGAGAGAAGGUUGUGAAGGAGUUAUCGGCAUCGACAGAGUUGAAGGAGAGGUCGACUUCGCCGAGUAAAAUCCCCAAACCUCUACUCAAUCCUCACGACUACGAACUCAUCAGAGUUGCGGACAUCUUGACCGAAAUACAUGGCCGGUUCUACAGCGGGUUCGACGCCAUCGAGAAUUGGAAGCCGACGAACGCUUUGCCUAUGAAUUGUGAUGUAGAGUUUAUCAUUCCCGAGAUCAAAGCAGAAGUUUUGGAAGGGUGCAACCUUGUCUUUUCUGGCAUGAUUCCUCGGGAGGUGAACCCGGCCAAUACCACCAUCUGGCAAACAGCAGAAUCCUUCGGCGCCCUGAUAACCCCCUCACUCACCCCUCGCACCACCCACCUCGUCACCGCUGUUCUCAAUACCGAAAAGACAUGGCGCGCUUCCAAGAUGCCGCAUGUCAGUACUGUUUGGGGAGAGUGGUUUUGGGAUAGUGUGGCGUUGUGGAAGAGACAGGAUGAGGGGAAGUAUCUGGCAAAGAAGGAAGGGAGCGAGCCGGAGAAGGAAGAGAAGAAGGGCGAGCAAGUUCCCGAGUCACAGCCCGAGGGUGGGGCGGAGCAAAUGAAAGGAGAAGAGGGGGAGGAGAAUGAGGAUAUGAACGACGAUACCCAAGUGGGGACUGGGUGGGACGAGGAAGCGGAGAAGGAAUGGGAAGAUUUCAUGGCGGGCGAGGAUGAUUGGUCGGAGGAUGGGAGUGUGGCGGCGAGCGAGGCGGGGAGUGUGAGGAGUAUCGGGAGUGCUCCGUCGACGCCUAGUCGGAAAAGGGUGAGGUAUGCGGAUGAAGAGUCGUUGCCGCUGGAGGACUUUAAGGACCCGUCGCCACAGGACUCGCUCGAACCCGAGCCAAAACGGCGCAAACCGCUCCUUCUUGAAGACGUAAAGCCAGACGACGACAUCCCGGAAGCGAACCGAAUGCAAUACAAAGCGAAGGGGUCAUAUGGAAAAGGCAAGGAUGAGGCGAAAGGCGAACAAAUUGAGGCUGGGACGUCGGGAGUGGACGACGACAGUUUUAGCGUUGGGGGAGGAGAAGGAGAUGACGAGUUUGCGCAGAUGCUCAUGGAUAGCUUGGCCGAUGGCGAAGAGGUCGCAGACGAAGACGAAUAGGGGGUGUCGUAGCUUGUUGUGCCGUUGCAUAUGUUGUAACACCGAAUUUCACAGUAGCAUCUCUGUCCCAUCUAUGCAUUGUCAUCGUUUGGAA